CAGAAACAGGGGAUGACUUGCAUCGGCUGUGCUCAUCCGCGCGGACCCUACGAGGACGAGAUACUUAGAUUACUGGCAUCCACCGAUGAAGUCGUUCGGAGACGUCGUUUAAAGUCUUCCCCUCCCCUCGGCCAUCGUCAAGAAUCUAAAGCCGGAGCAACAAUUCACGACGGCGAAAUUACUGCGGGACUACCCGCGUCUCAAGUACAUCGUCGACCUGACAAACACAUUUCGCUACUACGACAAAAAGGAGUUCACAAAUGCUGGCAUCAAAUAUGAGAAGAUCGCUAUACCGGGAAGGAAGGUACCGCCUAUGGAUAUAAUCAAACAAUUCUUUAAAGUGAUGGAUGAUUUCAUGUCAACAUGCGAUAAAGAUGAACUUAUCGGCGUCCAUUGCACACAUGGUGUUAACCGUACUGGGUAUUUGAUUUGCAGGUAUCUCAUUCAGCAACUGGAUUGGGAGCCUCAAGAUUCCCUGAAAGCUUUCGGGGAGGCGCGCGGUUAUCCAGUCGAGCGCCAGGUUUACCUCGCCGCGCUAAAGGAGGUCAAACGCGGCGAGAAGAUCGACACGAGUAAGGUCGUCUUGCAGUUGACGAACAUUACCGAGAUUCCGAGCCCAAUGAAGAAGAAUACAUUAAGGACACGCCCGAUAUUGAAGUCGCCGAUGGGACCGCCGGGUUUCGCGAUACCGCGUCGGGGUUCCGCAAACGGCGCACCGUAUCCGCUGCCUCAGAGAUUCGGUUUCGUGGGUCCACCGCCAGGAUUCCGGCCUAUGCCUCCGCCUGGCUUGCCCCCCUUACCGCCGCCUAUGGGCCCACCACUCUACGGACCCAGACCGCUUAGGUACGGGAUGCCGAUGCGUCCGGCGAUGCCGACACCGCCCGGGCCGGGAUUUCUGCUUCCUGGUUUCCCGAUGCGUAUGCCAGGACCGCCGAGGAUGGCGGGUCCGCCGAGGUUACCGCCAGCCGGUCCCGCGGCUCGACAACCACCCCCGAAAAUGCCACCGCCCCCGCCACCUCCGCCGCCGCCACCGUUGUCGAGGACGACCGUGAGCAAGCAGCUGCAGGCGCAGAAGAAGAAGCAGCAGAUCAGAAACGGUAUCAUGGAGCGCGAGGUCGGGUUGCGCCUGAGGCGAAACGGCCCGGCCAGUAGCAGAAUCAUACCUAAGAUGCACAAGGAGCAAGACUUCACCGUGGACACGUUCGAGGAGAAUUUGCUGACGACCUCGGCCCCCGGCCGACGGUCGACACGGGGACGCUACAGUCAGGCCAAGUGACGACGUACUCGUUAGGUGCGCGAUAUAUUACUUUAAACAUUACGAUAUUUGGUGUAUUCUCCGCGUUGCCGCCGAGUUCUCGCAGUUUCUACGUGCGCACCUAAACGCUCCCUGCGCGCCCGCCGUUUGUCGUGACGAACAAUGACGAAACUUCACGCAACUCGGCCGAACGAUUUCUCAGUUUCCAGACACAGCGAAGUUUCAAAUAGACUCUGAUUUGUAAGACUUCGCGUGCUGUAAUCACGCCAUAUCUAUCUCACUAACGAUAAUAC